AUGGCUACGGGGGAUGAUAACGACACCGUUUCGUCAAGUCCGGGGGGUUUCCGGCUACGCUGGGACGUGUUCCUAAGCUUUAGAGGCGAAGACACCCGCGCAACAAUCACCAAGAGUCUGUACGAGGGGCUCGAAAAACGCGGCGUCCGAGUCUUCCGAGACGACGACGCUUUGAACCGCGGGGACGAGAUCGCCCCGAGUCUGCUAGAAGCGAUCGAGGACUCGACGGCGGCGAUCGUGAUCCUGUCGCCGAGAUAUGCCGAGUCAAAAUGGUGUCUGGAAGAGCUGGCUAAGAUAUGCGAGCGCCGGAGUCGGCUGAUUCUGCCUGUGUUCUACCAAGUGGACCCCUCUCACGUUCGACACCAAAACGAACCGUUUGCAAAGCAUUUUAGAGUUUAUGAACAACUGCCUGAAAUCGCCGACAAGGUCCCUAGGUGGCGGAGCGCCAUGGAAAAAGUAGGCGGUAUAGCGGGUUAUAUUAUCAACACCAGCAACGAAGCACAUGGGUUCAUUCAACAUUUAGUCCAAAGGGUUUUGACUGAAAUAAACAAAACCCCAGCUGCAUACACAGUGGGACUUGAUUCCCGAGUUGAAGAGGUGAUGAGGCUUUUAGACUUGAAUGUUGGAUCCAGCGGGGUUCGAGUUCUGGGAAUUCAUGGCAUGGGCGGGGUUGGCAAGACAACACUUGCCAAGGCUCUUUUCAACAGGCUUGUUGGUCAUUUUGACUGCCACUGUUUGAUCUCAAAUGUUCGAGAAAUCUCAGCAGGACAUGAGGGUUUGCUAUCUCUCCAAAACAAACUCAUUGGUAAUCUUUCCCCUAAUAAGGUGCCUCCUGUAAAUGAGCUUGAGACUGGUGUUGCAGCAAUCAGAGCGAUUGCGUAUGAGAAGCAAAUUCUUCUUGUUCUGGAUGAUGUUGAUAAUGUGAGCCAACUAAGUGCUUUAGUUGGCAACAACACAGAAUGGUUUUACAAAGGAAGCCGAAUUAUCGUUACCACGAGAGAUAUAAAAGCCUUACCAAGUCAUCUUGUGAAUAAGUUGUAUGAGGUGAGGGAGUUGGAUUCGUCCAAGGCACUACAACUGUUCAAUUACCAUGCACUGAGAAGAGAAAAGUCCACAGAUGAGUUCUUCAAUCUGUCCAAGGAAAUUGCGGCUCUUACAGGUGGGCUACCCUUGGCUCUUGAAAAGCUGAGCAAGAUUCGUCCAGGUGAUCUUCACGAUGUGCUAAAGAUAAGUUAUGACGCACUAGACAAGCCAAACAAGUAUAUCUUCCUAGAUAUUGCAUGUUUAUUUGUAAAGAUGAACAUGAAGAGAGAAGAUGCAAUUAACAUAUUGAAGGGCUGUGGUUUUGCUGGCGAGAUAGCCAUUUCUGACCUCACAGCAAAGUCACUUAUUAAGAUCACUGAAGACAGUACACUGUGGAUGCACGAUCAGAUUAGGGACAUGGGAAGGCAAAUCGUUAGAGACGAAAACCUUUUGGAUCCCGGCAUGCGUACUAGACUGUGGGAUCGUGAUGAAAUCAUGAAUGUCUUCAAGGAUGAUAAGGGAACAAGAAAUACACAAGGGAUAGUCCUAGACUUCGAAUCAAGGACAAUGAAGGUGAGGGAUCCGGGUGGUGACAGAAUUUCUUGGAAUAACUUUCGAAGAGGUCCAACUUUUUCCUCUGCAGUUACAUACGUUAAGGAAAGAUACAAAGCACAUCACCAAAAUAAAGCAGAGAAAAAAAGAGAGGUUAUAAUUUGCUCAAAACCCCUUGCAGCAAUGGUCAAUCUUAGACUGCUUCAAAUUAAUUAUGUGCAUUUGGAAGGGGACUUGAAGUUUCUUCCUGCUGAGUUGAAGUGGUUACAGUGGAAAGGUUGUCCUCUGAAAUCUCUUGCUUUGGAUUUUUUUCCUCUCCGACUUGCCGUCCUUGAUCUUUCAGACAGCAAACUCGAACGUUUGUGGCGUGGGCGUGGUCACAAGGGGGCUGAGAAACUGAUGCUCCUGAAUCUGACCGGCUGCAUUAAUCUAACUGCUAUUCCUGAUUUAUCUGGUAAUGGGGCCUUGGAAAAGCUUAUUCUUGAGCAUUGCACCGGACUCACUAAGCUUCACAACUCUAUUGGGAAUUUGCAGACAUUAGUCCACUUGAACCUUCGAGAAUGUUCCAACCUCAUUCAACUUCCAAAUGAUGUCUCCGGCCUGACAAAACUUGAGAACCUAAUCCUCUCUGGUUGCUUGCAACUGAAACAACUGCCAAACAACAUGGACCGCAUGGUAUCAUUAAAAGAACUUCUCCUUGAUGACACUGCUAUAAUAAGUCUUCCCGAAUCUGUCUUCCGGCUUACAAAACUUGAAAAGCUCAGUUUGAACAGGUGCAAAUAUUUGAAAGGGCUCCCCGACUUGAUAGGAAAGUUGUGUUCUCUGAAAGAAAUCUCCCUUAACGGGUGCGAAAAAUUAGAAAAAAUACCGAAUUCCAUGGGAUCUUUGGCAAACCUUGAGAAACUAAGUUUGCUCUGGUGUACAUCACUGAGCAUUAUUCCCGAUUCAAUUGGCAACCUCAAAUCGUUGAUGGAGUUUUAUAUUUACGGUAGUCCAAUCAAAGAGCUGCCUGUGUCCAUUGGUUCAUUAUCAAACUUGAAGGAAUUAUCGACAGGGAACGGUCAAUUUUUUAGCAGAUUGCCUGAUUCAAUUGGAGGUUUGAAUUCUCUAGUUGUGCUAAAAAUAGAUCAGACAUUAAUCACAGAUCUCCCACAUGAGAUUGGUGCCUUGAAAACACUUGAGAAGCUUGAGAUGAGGAAAUGA